UUGGGGGGUGAAGUGGGAAUUAUUAUCAUCCAAUCCAAUCCAAUGAGUGCGAGUGCUAUGGUUGCUGAAGCGGUGUGGAAGCAGAUCAAGUCCACUCGAUCAGUGACUGAUGAUCAGCUUUCAGUCUUGCAUUUCUUGUUCGGCAAGAACUUCGAGCGAGCUACUCGAAUCGUGGAUCAAAGAGGGGUAAAAAAAAUUUAUGGGGAGCCCAGCGGACGGUCCAUCUUCCAGGUUGUGGGAGAAUCUCGAAGGAAAGAGGAGUAUUUCUGUUUCCCAGAAAAUUUUUGUGCCUGUUAUUCCUUUUUCUACGACACUGUGAACAGAGGAGAACAACUUUGCUGCAAGCAUCAGUUAGCUGCUAGGCUUGCCGCUUCGCUGGGGGCUUUUAUUGAAGCUAAAGUAUCUGAUGAAGAGCUGGCCUUAUUAUUGUCCAAUCUUUAAGACUAACCACUUUAUUGAAGCCAAAGCUCUUAUCACUAAAAGCUUGAGAGUUUUCGAUAUACUUGGGUGCACAAGGAUAGCCCCGAGCCAAUCGAACCGAUGUUGGUCGGUUCUCCUAGACCUAUGAAGACCAAUCAACCCACCAAACAUUAUACCGAACAAAAUAUAUACAUAUAUUAUUCUUAAGGAUGAAUAAACUACCACGCAACUCAAAAUGGUAAGCUAAGCGAGGGGGUUUUGGAUAAUUGUACAAGGCCCAACAAGUGGAAAUCAUUAUCAAUGGAGAUGAAGCAACAAUGCAAGAGUUCGAACUACCACUCAACCCAACCCAAAAGCUUAUGCUGAUCGGUUGGAUAAAUUUAAUUCAUAUAUUAGAUCUCUAACAAUUGCUACAGGAGCUAGCUCUCUACGCCACUCUCUGCUCUUUCGAUUGGCUAAAACCUGGAAAAAAAAGGUUGGUUUUGAUGCCAAAUGAUGGCUGAACACCCUUGUACUUCAUACAUAAUGUUGGACGUAAAUUACAGGUUUUAUACCGUUUAAGCUUUUGUUUAGGAUCUUUUGUGUUGGGCUUGUCAUUUUUUGGCCUGCUUGUAUUAUUUCAUUCUUCUAUCCUUGAAAGCUUAGUUUUCCUUUAAGAAAAUAACGUAUAUAUAAAUUUCUGUCAAGGUUUAUCAUUGGUGAUGUACAAUUGUACUUGAUGAAUAUUAUAGUUAUUAAUGAUUGUGUUUCUUCUGA